UUGGGUCCCCCCUGCCCUGCGUGAGCUGACACAUCUCAGACCUGCUCUGAGAUCCGCCGUACAAGCGUGGCAACGGCAGCACUGCAGACGACUCCGCGCAUUCAAUUCAUCACAAUCCGCGCAGCCAAGGAAACCCACCAAAACUUUGCCCCCCAAAUCCCCGGACCCUCAGGGUGGGGUAGAGCCGCAGAGAAGCAGCAGCGCAAACAAAAACACUCCUCUUGGCGUAAAGGACAAAAAAAAAAAACCCCGCUGCAAAAACAGAUAACGUUACAGACUCAAGACGAUAAGCGGAACCGAUCAGCCUCUCCACGUACAUUUUCAUGCAAAACUUUUUCUGAAGUCAGCUUGGAACGCGGAGCAGCGAGCAUCAAACUGACGGACUGAAAAUGGCAAUCACAAGGACAGUCAUCGUUGUAUUAGGUGCCCUCAUGUAUAGCAUGGCAUCCGCAGCAGUCAAUCCUUCUGACCCAGCCACGCAAAAUGAUCCAUCUGACCCAGCCACGCAAUCCAGUCCUUCUGACCCUUCUGACCCAGCUGCGCAAAAUGGCUUGUCUGACCCAGCCACACAGUCUGUUUCUUCUGACCCAGCCGCGCAAUCCAGUCCUCUUGAUCCAGCUGCGCAAUCCGGUCCUUCUGACCCAGGUGUGCAAUCCGGUCCUUCUGACCCUUCUGACCCAGCAGCGCAAUCCGGUCCUUCUGACCCUUCUGACCCAGCUACGCAAUCCAGUACUUCUGACCCAGCCGCACAAUCUGGUCCUUCUGACCCUUCUGACCCAGUUGCGCAGUCCGGUCCUUCUGACCCUUCUGACCCACCCGUGCAAUCCGGUCCUUCUGACCCACCUGUGCAAUCCGGUCCUUCUGAUCCAUCUGACCCACCCGUGCAAUCCGGUCCUUCUGACCCAGCUGUGCAAUCCGGUCCUUCUGAUCCGUCUGACCCACCCGUGCAAUCCGGCUCUUCUGACCCUUCUGACCCACCCGUGCAAUCCGGCCCUUCUGGCCCUUCUGACCCUUCUGACCCACCCGUGCAAUCCGGCCCUUCUGACCCACCCGUGCAAUCCGGUCCUUCUAAUCCGUCUGACCCAGCCGUGCAAUCCGGUCCUUCUAAUCCGUCUGACCCACCUGUGCAAGCCGGUCCUUCUGAUCCAUCUGACCCACCCGUGCAAUCCGGUCCUUCUGAUCCAUCUGACCCAGCUGUGCAAUCCGGUCCUUCUGACCCUUCAGACCCAGCCGCGCAAUCCGGUCCUUCUGACCCUUCUGACCCAGCCGUGCAAUCCGGUCCUUCUGACCCAGCCACGCAAUCCAGUCCUUCUGACACAGCUGCACAACCCAGUCCUUCUACAGAGCCUUCCAAACAGAUUACAACUGGCAAAAAAAACAACAUUGGGUCACCAACUAAAUCACUCACCACGGCAGCACCUGAUUUUACAACUAUGAUUUCUAAGAGUCUUCAGACAAUGGAAAUACAAACAACCAUCGCUCUGGUCACAACAGCCCUGCCUCUGGACCCGCGUACACAUAAGGAAAAUACUGGGACUGGCACCUCUCAGCCUGUAUUCAAUCAUAAUUCCUUUGAUCUAAGCAGCAGCAGUAAGGGGAACGCCGUGCGUGAAGCCUGUAAGACGCUGGGUCAGAAGAUGAAAGGAAAUUGCACGGUGAUCGUGGAAAUUCACGACAAACGUUUAAUUGCAAAAGUUACAAUAGAUGCUGAUCAAAAGAUACAGCCAGAAAACUACAAACCUCCAGAACAGGUCAGUGGAUAUACAGACAAUAAUACUUUGCAGAAAGAAGAUGUGAGCAAGGACACGAUACCAGACAUGUUGAUCGCCAUCUUGGCUUCUUGUGGCGCUUUGGUGCUCAUUCUGUGCUGCUUUGCUGCGUACUGCACUUAUCAUCGCAGAUCCUACAGGAAGAACCAGCAGCAACACCUGACGGAAGAGCUGCAGACAGUGGAGAAUGGUUAUCAUGACAAUCCCACGCUGGAGGUGAUGGAGGUACAGCCGGAGAUGCAAGAGAAGAAACUGGCAUUGAACGGGGAGUUCAACGACAGCUGGAUCGUCCCCAUGGACAACCUGCUGAAAGAGGACAUACCUGAUGAAGAAGACACCCACUUGUAAUGGCACCGGAUGAGCUGUCAGGAGAGAGAAACCUGCUGCUCUCAUAACGGUGGAUGGUGAACGGACAGAAUGUAGAGAAAGCAGAGACUGACAUAAAGACUAUCAAACAUCAGUUGCUUUCAUUUGGUGCCUGGGUG